AUCAUUGAGUCUGCCAAUGGACGAGAAGUGGCCAAACUUGGGCAUUGUCCGUUUUUCAAGUUUGGGUGUCCAUUGAGCUCUGAUCGUGAAGGGAAACCUAUCCUUCCUGAAAGUGUAACCAUGGACUUUGUCAAGUCUCACUGCCCAGCAUUUGAAGGAGGUUCUGCUUGUCCAUACAGCGUGAAGGAGCUUAAGGGUCUUGCUAAGGGAUGUCCUGAGUUCAAGAAUGGAGGAUGUCCCUUCAUGAACGCCAAGACAAUUGGCGAAUUCAARGCCAAAAUGGGUGAAAUGCGAGACAAGUGCAAAGGCAAAGAAAACUACCUCAAGGCAAUGGAUCUUGCCUAUGCAGCCAACGGUCGGGAAGUCGCCAAACGUGGCCAUUGUCCAUUCUUCAAGAACGGCUGCUGUCUGAAAACUGACUUGAAUGGUCGAUUUGUGACUCCUGAWGCUAUAACCAUGGAGUACACAAAGCUGCACUGUCCAGCCUUCGGCAAGGGAAAGAAGUGUCCUUAYAAGGCAGUAGACCUAAAGGGACUGGGUCAAGGAUGCCCAGCAUUCAAAGAGGGCUGUCCCUUCCAGAACGUCAAGGAUGUUGGCGAGUUUAAAGCAAAACUUGGAGAAAUGCGYGACCAAUGCAAAGGCAAUAAAAAGGCUGUGGCAAACUACACCAAAGCCUUGGACCUGCUGUCCAAGGCAGGAAACGAGGAGGUGGCUAAGAUUGGACACUGCGCGUUCCUCCACGGCCACUGUGAGCUCAAGACCGACCCACAAGGCAAACCAAUAUUGUAAACUGAGGCCCUYCUCAGUGACAACACGACCUAAACUGUCAUGUGAACCAACGUCAGACAAUUUUCAGAAAAUAAUACCGGAUUUGACCAUUGAUUAAAACGUAACACAUCGUUCAUAUUAGCACAUAAUUAUUACAUUAUAACAAGUUUAUGUAAUCAUAGUAAAAUCGAGUAAUUGUAACAGGUGUCAUGCACCACUGGUAGAGGGCUUGAAUAGAAUCAAUCGACUUUCAUAGGGUAAUCAACGCACAAAAUAUAAAUUUGCGAAUUUUUUCAUGUUUUGUUUGUUCAAUAAAAGAUCAUGCAUUCAA